CUUUCUUAUUUUUUCAAGUGUUUCUACUUGGUGGUUUUCCUUUUCCCUCUUUAUUUUCUACUCAUCAAUAAAUUAUUAUGAGGAUUACCUGUAAUUUCUUAGUUAUUACACCAAGAUAUGGAAUGCAAUAUUUGUGGUCUACAAUUACACAUUUACACGUCUUGAAUAAAAAAUAAAAAAAAUUAUAUAAUCAACGCAAAGUCCUUUUCCUUUCAGAUGAAGGAGUUAAUCUCCACCGUUGAUCAAAACGAAUCUAUUCCGUAAAAUCGUUUCUUAUCGAACGUUUACCCGUUGGAUUAAAUCAACGGAUCCUCUUAUAUGUAUAUUAAAAAAACCCUAUUUGUUCGCUUGAAACGAAAGCGAAUUCUCUCAAAAAAAACCUACACAGAGAUAAACAGUCCAAACAGCAAUAGCAAAGAGCAAACAUGGCGGCAACCGUGAGCGCGUGGGCAAAACCAGGCGCGUGGGCACUUGAUUCGGAGGAGAACGAGUUGGAGCUUCAAAAGGAAGAGUCAGUGAAGGUUGAAAAUCACUCCAAUGGCGGCGGUGCCGGUGGCCUUGCCGAUUUUCCAUCUUUGGCUGCUGCCGCCACCACCAAAACGAAGAAGAAGAAGCCACAAACCCUAUCCCUUCAGGAGUUCAGCACUUAUAGCGCUGCUAAGAAGUCUCAAACUGCCGCCGCUGCCGCAACCAAAGGCCUGACACCGGAGGAAGUCUUGAUGCUCCCCACCGGUCCUCGCGAGCGCACUGCGGAGGAACUUGACCAGUCUCGACUCGGAGGUGGUUUCAGAUCGUACGGUUACGACAAUUCCAUCUUUGGCUUGACACCGGAUAAAGUUUUGAUGCUCCCUACCAGUCCUCGCGAGCGCACUGCGGAGGAACUUGGCCAGGGGAGGGGUUCGUCGGAUGAUUCUCAUAGGCAGGGAGGGUUCCGAAGGGAUACCGAUAGGGAAAUUGCUCCCUCUCGUGCCGACGAGACUGAUGAUUGGGGUGCAGCUAAGAAAACAUCGGCUGGUAAUGGUUUUGAAAGAAGGGGGGAGAGAGGUGAAAGGGGAGGUUUUUUCUCCGAUUCCCAGUCUAAAGUUGAUGAAUCUGAUAAUUGGGCAGCGAAUAAAGCUUUUGUACCCUCUUCUGGUCGAAGAUUUGAUAGGAGAGGGAGUUUUGGGUCAAACGGAAGUGAUUCCGAUUCGGAUCGGUGGACCAAAAGGAAGGAAGAGGAAGGUGGACGGAGAUUUGCCUCCGGUGGCGGUGCAUUCGACAGUUUAAGAGAAAGAAGGGGCGGCUAUGAUUCCAACGGUGGCGUGGAUUCAGAAAAUUGGGGGAAGAAGAGAGAAGAGAACGGAGUUUCUGCUGGUGGUGGUAGGCCAAAGUUGAAUUUGCAACCAAGGACAUUGCCGUUGAGUGAAGGACAGCAGAACGGUAAUGAGCCUGCGCCUGUGCCUGUCCCUGUGGUGAAGCCGAAAGGGGCUAAUCCAUUUGGGGCAGCUAGACCAAGAGAGGAGGUAUUGAAGGAGAAGGGACAGGAUUGGAAGGAGAUUGACCAAAAGAUUGAGUCUUUGAAGGUAAAGGAGGCUUCUGAGUCCAUUGAUGGUGCUCCGAUUGUAAAGAAAGCUUGGGGGAGUCCUAACGGGAAGCUGAUUUUUCGCGAGGACAAGACCGAGAAGAGUUGGAGGAAGCCCGAGCUGAAUGAAGUUCCUCCUUCCAGUGCUGAGGAAACUGUAAACGGGGCUGUUGAAGAAACUGUAAAGGAAACUGCUGAAUCUGGUGGUGAGCCACAAAUAUGAUGCCAAAGGAAGUAAAAGUUUAUGAGCUAUGUUUCCUUCAGAGUUUGAAAUAGAUUCAUGUGAUGCGAAGCAUUGAGGCAAUUUUGAUAGAACUUGUUAUUCUUAGUGUUUUGUUUUCUGUGUACCUACACCAACAUUAUCAUUUUGCUAUUUAUGUUUGUUCUUUUUUCUGUUGACUCAGUUUAGAAUUGUUUGUUCUUAAGCAUCAUUCUUAGGUGUGGAACACAAAGGGGAUAAAGACUGUUAAAGAUGAUAGAUUUUGAUUUUUGAU